AAAACACUUCAGAUAAACUAUCGCGAAUUAUUGAUCAAUAAUGACGUUGUUAUAGUUAUAACGCGUGCCUUAAAGAUCAAAAUCCUUGUUUAAUCUUUUGUUUUUUUGUAUUUUGUAUGUCAUUCAAGUGUUUUGGUGUUAAAGUGCGACAAAUAAUAAAAGUAGUGUUUUUUAGAUUACCUACUAAUCAAGAUAUAAGUUACUAUAUUUUGAUUAUCAACGAUUAUAUCUAUAAUAAGUAUAUAUGUAGGAAUAGUGUCAAAGGAAGCAUGAAAACUGUGAUAAUAUUUUGCGCCUUGAGCGUAACUAUUUCCAGGGUAAUAGGGCAGAAGGACAAUCACUUUGCAGAAGGAAGAAACACUAUCGUACACCUGUUUGAAUGGCACUGGGAUGCUAUUGCCAGUGAAUGUGAGAACUUCUUAGGACCUAAAGGAUUUGCUGGUGUUCAGGUAUCUCCACCAAAUGAAAAUUCCGUAAUCAGUAACAGACCAUGGUGGGAACGAUACCAACCAGUCAGUUACCAACUCUUUACCCGAUCUGGAAAUGAAACUGCAUUUGCUAAUAUGGUGCGACGUUGUAGUAACGUAGGAGUCAGAAUCUACGUCGAUGCUGUUUUCAACCAUAUGUCGGGGACAUCUGGUACUGGUACCGGUGGACACUCAAGUGACAUUGGUUCUUUAUCCUACCCUGCAGUACCAUUUAAAUCCAACCACUUCCAUUCUCGUUGUGAUGUAAACAAUUAUCAAGACGCGACGAAUAUUAGAAAGUGUUGGCUCAGUGGAUUACCAGAUUUAGAUCAGAGUCAUGAUUUUGUCCGUAAAAAAAUUGUUGAAUACUUAAACCAUUUGGUAGAUCUGGGAGUCGCCGGAUUUAGAGUAGAUGCUGCCAAACAUAUGUGGCCCACGGAUCUGAAAGCUAUUUAUAGCAGCGUUAAAGACCUGACAGGACCCGGUUUGAGCGGAAGACCUUUCUUCUACCAAGAAGUUAUAGAUUUAGGAGGAGAGGCCGUAAGGAAAACUGAAUACAACAGCUUUGGAGCGGUGCUCGAAUUCAAAUAUGGUGCCGAAUUGGGUAAUGCCUUCCAAGGCCAUAAUGAUCUCCACUGGCUAAAGAGCUGGGGUACAGAAUGGGGUUUAUUAGCAGGGACUGAUGCAGUUGCAUUUAUUGAUAACCAUGACAAUCAAAGAGGUGGAUCUCCAGCUAUUCUUACGUACAAAAGCCCUAAGCCUUAUAAAAUGGCCAUAGCUUUUAUGUUGGCCCAUCCAUAUGGUACUACGAGGAUAAUGUCAAGCUUUGCUUUUGAUAACUUUGACCAAGGUCCACCUAUCCAACAACCUGGUUUUAACGCUGAUGACACGUGUACAAAUGGUUGGGUCUGCGAACAUAGAUGGCGUCAAAUCUACAAUAUGGUCGGCUUCAGAAACGCUGUAGCUGGCACAGGUAUCAAUAAUUGGUGGAGCAACGGGAAAAACAAAAUUGCUUUUGGAAGAGGAGAUAAAGGUUUUAUCGCUUUCACUUUAGAAGGCGACAUCGAUCAAAACCUUCAGACUUCUUUACCGGCUGGUACUUAUUGUGAUGUUAUCUCUGGUAGUUUGAAAAAUGGAACUUGUACAGGAAAAGCUGUGAAAGUUGAUGGACGUGGCAAGGCCGCUAUUUCUUUGUCAACUAAUGAAUAUGAUGGUGUUGUGGCUAUCCACGUCAACGGAAAAUUGUAAAAAUAUAUUUUUUAGAACAUACUUCGUAGCAAUACAAAAUAUUAAGUUUAAUAUACCUAAGUUAUAUCGUCUUAUAUUCAACCACGCUGAAUAAUUAAAUUAGAAUUUUCCUACA